GUCCCUCCCUACUUAAUUUAAACUCCUCCCUUUUGAUUCUUUUUGCUCCCCCAAAAACACACUUUUUCUCACGUCUUAAAGAGAAAACGCAAUAGAUUUCUCAUGGCGAUUUCGAUCUCCGGAGCGGUGCUUAGUGGGUUAGGUUCCUCGAUCUUGAUCAACGGAGGCAAGAGAAGCGGCGUUGGCCGUGGAGCUGUGAGAGUUGGCCGGAAUAAUAUGAUCAUUGCACCUCACCGUAAGAAGUCAUGGGUCAUGGCCACCACGAAAGGUGAUGGUAACUCAAAGCUCGAUCCAAAUUGGCUCGAUGAUGCCUCAGAAAAAGCUUCCAAGUACGUGAAGGAUAAAGGUAGUGAAGUGGGACACGUGUCUGCACAGAAAGGACAAGAGGUUUGCGAUCAGAUACAGAGAGCAAAAGACUACUUUGUUGAGAAAGCUGGUGAAGCGAUGGACAUGGUGGCUGAAAAUGCUAAGUUUGCUUCGGAUUUUGUGACGGAGAAAGCUAAAGAGACGGAGGAAGAAGCUGUUUCAAUGACGGAGAAAGCCAAUAGUUUCCUAGUUGAAAAAGUCGGUGAAGCUAAAGAUUUCAUCGUCGAAAAAGUCGGUGAAGCCAAAGUUUUGGCGACCGAUAUGAGCAUGAAAACGGCUAAGUACGUUGGAGAUAAAGCAGCGGAGGCAAAAGAAGUGAUAUUGCCUCCCGAAAAUGAAGUAUAG